CAGAACGAAUAUAAGAACCCGUUGUGCUGCGUCACUUCCGCCGCACUGGCUUCUGGGAGAUGUAGUCCCGACUGUCCGGGGUCAAGACGAGAGAGCUUGCCGACCGCAUAUGACGUCACGCUACGGCGCCGGUCACCGGUACAGCUGCUGCUAGUGACGGUGAGCUGCGGUCGGUGCGCUAGGAGCUGAUGCCACAUCUCCGUGCUGUGCGGCUGGUGACACGGGUCCCCGCCUCCCGGCGCUGCUGCUGGUGACGUCGGACACCGAUCUCAGCUUCUGAGGCGUGCACGGUACUGUGCUGGUGCCCCCGUACAGCCGGCACUGCCGUCCCGCUCCAUGCCCGGUGUCAUCAGCUGUGAGGGACUGUGAGGGAGAAUGGGCCGCCGUGGCGCCGUGUGAUGACGUCACUGGUGGCCGCCCGGGCGCUGCUGCUGGUACUGCUGGAGGCCUCGCCUGCUGCUGCCGCCGCCUCAUUACACCCGAGCCGGGAGAUAGCGGGGAGACUGGAGCCGCUGAGCCCGUACAAUGACAUCCAGGAGAUGGUUCCACCCGAAUAUCACAGGUGUUGAGGCAGAAAAUCUUUUGUUGACCCGUGGUGUGGACGGUAGUUUUUUGGCUCGUCCCAGCAAGAGUAAUCCAGGCGAUUUUACACUUUCUGUAAGGAGGAAUGGAGCAGUGACACACAUAAAGAUCCAGAACACUGGAGAUUACUAUGAUUUGUACGGAGGGGAGAAGUUUGCUACACUGGCUGAACUGGUUCAGUAUUACAUGGAACAUCAUGGGCAACUUAAGGAAAAAAAUGGUGAUGUUAUUGAGCUGAAAUAUCCAUUAAACUGUGCUGACCCUACAUCUGAGAGGUGGUUCCAUGGUCAUCUUUCGGGUAAAGAAGCUGAGAAGUUGCUAACCGAGAAAGGCAAACAUGGAAGCUUUCUGGUGCGCGAAAGCCAAAGUCAUCCUGGAGAUUUUGUCUUGUCUGUUCGCACUGGUGAUGACAAAGUAGAGAGCAAUGAUAGCAAAUCCAAAGUAACACACGUCAUGAUACGGUGCCAGGAACUGAAAUAUGAUGUUGGAGGUGGAGAGAAGUUUGACUCCCUGACCGAUCUGGUUGAACACUAUAAGAAGAACCCAAUGGUAGAGACGCUAGGGACCGUUCUACAGCUCAAACAGCCUCUAAAUACAACACGUAUAAAUGCAGCAGAAAUUGAGAGUCGAGUAAAGGAGCUGAGUAAACCUGCUGAAACUGCUGAUAAAUUUAAGCAGGGAUUUUGGGAAGAAUUUGAGACUUUGCAACAACAGGAAUGCAAACUACUGUACAGUCGUAAAGAAGGACAGAGACCUGAAAACAAGAACAAAAAUCGCUAUAAGAAUAUUUUACCUUUUGAUCACACAAGGGUAGUUCUUCAUGAUGGAGACCCUAACGAGCAGGUCUCUGAUUACAUCAAUGCCAAUACCAUAAUGCCUGAAUUUGAAACAAAAUGCAACAAUUUGAAACCCAAGAAACGUUAUAUUGCUACUCAGGGCUGCCUGCAAAAUACAGUGAAUGAUUUCUGGAGAAUGGUUUUCCAAGAGAACUCCAGGGUCAUCGUCAUGACUACAAAGGAAGUAGAACGAGGGAAGAGUAAAUGUGUGAAAUACUGGCCAGAGGAGUUUGCCCUAAAGGAAUAUGGGGUUAUGCGUGUGAGAAAUGUCAAAGAAACACCAGCACACGACUAUAUAUUAAGAGAGCUCAAACUUUCACAAGUAGGACAAGGGAACACUGAAAGAACUGUAUGGCAAUACCAUUUCAAAACUUGGCCGGAUCACGGAGUUCCUACUGAUCCUGGUGGUGUCCUGGACUUUUUAGAAGAGGUUCAUCACAAGCAGGAUAGUAUAACUGAACCUGGCCCUGUAGUCGUUCACUGCAGUGCAGGGAUAGGACGUACGGGCACUUUUAUUGUGAUUGAUAUUCUCAUCGAUGUCAUCCGAGAAAAAGGUGUUGACUGUGACAUUGAUGUACCCAAAACUAUUCAGAUGGUAAGAUCUCAGAGAUCAGGAAUGGUUCAGACAGAAGCACAAUACAGGUUUAUAUACAUGGCUGUACAGCAUUAUAUAGAAACCUUGCAACGAAGAAUUGAAGAAGAGCAGAAAAGUAAGAGGAAAGGACAUGAAUAUACGAAUAUCAAAUACUCUCUCUCUGAACAGACAGCAGGGGAUCAAAGCCCCCUCCCACCCUGUACCCCUACACCAUUACCAACGCCCACACUUCCAGAAAUGAGAGAAGAUGUCGGUAGAGUGUAUGAAAACGUUGGCCUCAUGCAGCAGCAGAAAAGCUUCAGAUGAAGUGAAACGCGAUAUGUGUUCUUAAUCUAAUACUAAUACAAGGCAAAAGAAUGUGAAGAAAUUAUGGGACAUAAAAGACCUGGCUUUUAAAUGCUUUUACAAUUUAACAAUUGGUCUGAAACCCCUAAACAGGUUAAAUUAUUAAGAAUCAAGAGCUUUUGGAAAUCCUAAAGUCCUCUGCAUCACCCAAUUUUUGGACUGGUUCUCUCUUCACAAUGAAGCAUCUUUAACUCUACACUUUUAUUUUGUAGAGUCCAUCCAACAGACUAACUAAGCUGACCUGUUCUUUUCUCUCUUUUGAGCGCCCCCUUUUAGCACACGGGUGCACCUUAGUUCAUUGUCAACAUAAAGUACAGUAUUAAGGUGAAAGCUUACAUUUCAACGGGAACAAUUUCUCUCUCUGCAGCACAGUCCGUGGCAAAGACAGUCUCUCAGUAACAAGCCCUGGUCUGCAAAACUCUAAUCUUUCAGUUAGAUCACAUGCUAAUGUGGAGAUGUUUAGAAAAUGUGACUGUCUUGCACUCUUAGCAUUAACACAAUAUAAUGGUGCUUUCUUUUUUCUUUCCCGAUGUAAGAGAGACUUUCUCAGGAGAGUAGGGAGCGAGAUAGGAGUAUAUUAUGGACAAAAUGUUUCUGCCUAGUGCCAAUUGUAUUCGGUCAGUAAGAUGCAACUGACACUGAUCUAAGGAUUAUGUAUUGAUCACAACACGUGUGUGCCAGAUGUAAAAUACAGUGAAACACAAUGAAAGCUAUGAGAUGCACUUUACAAAUGGUUACAUUUUUACCUGUUCUGCUCCUUGAGGCAAGGCAGCCAUGUCUGUUUCUCUGUUCAAUUUGACUAACACUUGGUGGAGAAGGCCUUACAUCGCCCACUACUUUAAAUCUGCAGUUUUCUGUGGAAUACAGUACUUCUUUCUUAUUGCUUCAAAAGUACUGUUCUCCGUAGUAAGCGGUGCUUCUCAUAGCGCCUUCCCAUGGCAGGACCUUCCCAUGGCAGGACCUUCAUUAACCAUCUUCUUAAAGUGCCUUUGCAGUCACAGCCUACCUUCAGUAAGAAAGUACUUGUUCAGGUGAGGCCUGUUCUAUUACCAUUCUACUUUGGGCCCCACUUGAUUAAUAAUGCACUCUAUUCAGUUACAUUCUUCUACAGGUGCUUCAUAGUGUUCUGUGGGGGGGUUUGUGUGCAAAUUUUUACUCCCCCCCCCCCCCCCCCCCCCUUCAAAAGGUCUUUUAUGCCAAAGGCGCCCGCGCUUUUAUGUUCUGUUUCUUUAUUCAUGUUUACUCAAGAUACAGGCUCUUCUCAGUGGCGUUUCAUCACCAGUUUUAAAGCUGUUUUACAAUGGAAUGUCUAAGGGUCACUGGUGUAAUUAACUUGUUUGUACCAUGCUGUCUCUCUUUCCAGACAUUGCUGCUUCUGUUGCCAUUUUGCCUUCACAUUAAACUACUGUUCAGUUUAGUGAUGCUUGCAGGAAACUGGAAAUUAGCCCAGAAUCUUACCAGUCUUGCCCAAGCUCACACUAGUUAUGCCAAUGUCAAAGUUUUAGACUUGCUUAAGUAUUAAUCAUUUGUUGCCCAGUGUCAAUGCUUUAGUCUGUUAAAUUUUUGAAUGUGAUGGUGGUAUAUUAACUGGUUCUUAAAAAUACAGAUUUAACUAAUCUGUUAUAUACUACUUUGCAAUCUAUUAAUCAUGUAGUAGUGCAAGUUACAACAGAAAUGCAAUUUAAGCCAUAAUCACUUAAUUGAAUGUUUAACAUUUUACCUGUUACCUGUAGAGGGCUGUACCAGUAUUCAGCCUACUAGUUAGUUUGGGAGAAGUGACAUCACUGAAGAAUAAGACAAAGUGGCUGACUUUAGCAGGGAUGUGCUGCCAAACAUCCCAGAUGUUCCGUUGUGCCCAUGGCAUACAAUUUCAGUAGACUGAACACCGUUAGUUUUUCUAUAAACCUAUGGAAUGCAAUGAAAAACAUGUUACUGGCUGCAAUUUGCCGUUCUGGAAAGAUACACUGCAGCCAAUCCGCUUAUAGAGUUGUUUCAAAAGUACUUUUUAUACCAGUGAUGUCACUAGAUCCCAGAAAAAGUGAUUCUCAUAAAUAUUGUUUUAGACCAUUUAAUUGUUCCUGCCAUCUCUGUGAAUAGGCAACAGGUCUGCUUUAUUGAAUAAUGAAGCGCAGCCUCUAUAAAAAGGAUUACUACAGUUAUUAUAAAGUAUAAAUUGUACCCUUUCUCCUACUGAUCAGCUAUUCCUGUUACAGUAUAAGAAAAUCCAAAGUAUUGGGCCAUAAUUUUUGUACUCCAAGGCCAAACCCAAAUAUUUGGAUUGAAUGUUUUGCUUUUCAAACAAGUCCAAAAUGUCAGACCUUGAAAAUACCAAAUCAUUUUACAGUUAGACAGCUAGCAAUUAUGCAAUGAAAAGCUCUUUAUUUUAAUAUCAAGAUGUAAGAGUUAGAGGUGGUCAGAAUUUCCUGUUUUACAGAGACUUUUCAGUGUCUAUGACAAAUUGCGCAGCUCACUUUUUUUAAUUUUAUAUAUAU